CGUGCGCGUUGAAGCCUGAAUGUUAUGAGAACGCUGAGCGCAGUAGCAGUUUGCAGCCCGAAAUUGAGAGAGUGGGUGGUGGGUAGUUGCUGCCUGUGGGCUCUUGUAUGCUUCUCCGAGAUGUCAACGGCGCGAUUUAGGGCAAUGGUGGAGAGGUAGCGCUGGCGGAGGAUGUGCGGGACGCGUUGGAGGGACCAGAGGGACCUUCUGGUGCUCACGCUUCAGAUGCUGGCCAAUUGUGGUUUCCCACGAUAAGCGUAUUUCAGUUGCGUGGACUUCGAGGCAGGUGCUGGGUUGGAGCUAGAGUAGACUUCCGGUUUUGUUCGUCGUCUGCAUAUAUAUUUUUUGCUUAUUCCUGUGUGUAGGCAGCAAGCAAACUUGGAGUUGUAAUUUCCAUCGGAAGUGUGACGGGAAGAUGGUGGCACACUUACGUGAAGCGCUCAGGCGAAACCUAUGCACUGCAGGCCUAUCCCUCAGUGAAGCCUUCUCGGCUCAGCGAUACAAUUCGGACCCGCUAUGCACCCGCUUUUCGCCUCUUCCGACUUUUCCAAACCGCAAGUCAACCGCAGCUUUUAUAAUUUUCAGCACGAAGGCCAUGUGGGAGCCGUUCAAGAACUACCUGGCGGAGGAUCCUGUCAAUAGACUAGAGGGCACAGCGAAUCCGAUCGAUGACUAUGCCCGAACGAAAAUAGCCGACGCUCUGCGGGAGGCGCUGCCCGCCGACGUCGCGUACGAGAUACGAUAUCCGUACGAGGAGGGAGAGCGAUUCGUGUAUUUCCAGCGGAUGGCGCACCUCGCUGGUCUCGCAUACUUUGAUCCGAAUUGGCAGUUCUUGUGCGUUCAUCCGGUGCAUGGCCCGUGGUUGGCUUUUAGAGCAGUGGUAUUGGUGGAUUUGGACGGGCCUGACCCGACGGUGAGCGUAGAGGAAGUGAAAAACCCGUGCGGGGGUGUCGUGGACCAUGCGAGGGCGUUGUACGAGCAGUUGCAGGAGGAGGCGGCGAGCGAUCCCCAUGAUCUUGCCACCGCCUAUCAUAAAAGAUGGCGUAUGUUGGUGCAAAUCAGAGACGAAUUGGCCUCGUUCUUGGGCGAGCGGGCGGUCAGAGAAAGAUACUCAGAUACGCAAGUGACGUAUCACUAUCUGAAAGAUAGACAGAUCCUAAGGGAUGCACUCAAUCGGAGAUAGAGCCGAUAUAGUAGUUACUCUGCGGUCCGGCAUCCAUCACCACUAAUGAAGCCAGGAUGUACGCCCCCGAAAA